AUGGUUCAUCUGGUAUCUGCCCUCCUCUUCGCCGGCGCGGCGCUCGCCCUACCAGCGUCGGAGAUCUUCGAGCGACAAGGUACAUGCGCUCUGCAAUCCACCUACGCGGCCGUCAGCAACUCCAAGUUGCCGAACCCUUUCGCCUUUGCCAGCGGUACUGCCGUCACCACGAAGGCCGACUUCGACUGUAGAGCGCAGGAGAUCAGCAAGCAGUUGCAGCAGUUUGAGUUGGGAGAUUAUCCGCCUCCCCCUGACUCAGUCAAGGGUACCUUGAGCGGAAACACCCUCACCGUCGCCGUCACUGUGGGUAGCAAGUCGGUAUCCUUCAGUGCUUCCAUCAAGAAGCCCUCGGGUACGGGUCCUUUCCCAGCCAUUAUUGGUAUUGGUGGAGCAUCCAUCCCUAUUCCAGGAACCGUCGCCACCAUCACCUUCAACAACGACGACUUCGCAUCGCAGGCAAGUGGCAGCUCUCGUGGGCAGGGCAAAUUCUUCACCCUCUUUGGUAACAGCCACAGUGCUGGUGCUCUUACUGCCUGGGCUUGGGGUGUCGAUCGGCUCGUCGAUGCCCUCGAGCAGGUCAACGCCACCUCUGGCAUCGAUACUACCCGUCUCGGUGUUACUGGCUGCUCUCGAAAUGGAAAGGGUGCCUUCAUUGUUGGUGCAUUCGUGAAGAGAAUUGCUCUCACCAUUCCUCAAGAGUCUGGCUCCGGUGGUGCUGCAUGCUGGCGUAUCUCCGAUCAGCAACACAACGCUGGCAAGAACAUCCAGACUGCUGGGGAGAUCACUGGCGAAAACGUCUGGUUCUCCACCCGCUUCAACUCAUACAACACCAAGACCAACACCCUCCCUGCUGAUCACCACGAGCUUGCUGCCAUGGUUGUGCCUCGUGGCCUAUUCGUGAUUGAGAACGAUAUUGACUGGCUCGGCCCCGUGGCCACAACCGGAUGCAUGAAGGCUGGUCGUCUCAUUUACAAGGGAUACGGCGUUCCCACGAACAUGGGUUUCUCUCUCGUCGGUGGGCACAGCCAUUGCCAGUUCCCCAGCUCUCAGCAGGCCGAUCUCACGUCUUAUAUCAACUAUUUCCUGCUCAAGAGUGGCUCUGCCCCCGGUGAGGUUGAAAAGAGUUCGGCAACUGUCGAUAUGAGCUCUUGGGUCGACUGGACUGUCCCAACGCUGACGUAA